AAGUGUAUAUGUACAUAUAUAUAAUGCAUAUUUAUUAAUCAGAAAAUAAUUAAAAUCAAUAAUAAAUAUGAGUGAGUGAAAUCAAAGAUAAACAUAAUUAGUGAGUGAGUGAAACCAAAGAAAAGUUUAUUAAAAACAAAAUCCUUUUUCUCUAUACAAUUCUUUGUAUAAUUCUAAUGAAUCGAAAUAUGAUCAUAAUUGCUAUUAUUCACAAAAAUAAUAACAAUUACAUGUAUUACAAUAGUACAAUUUUUAUAAUGAUAUAUUUAAAUAUCUUUAUAUUUACAUGAUAUUAAAAUUUCAAUAUAUUAUCGCAUAUAUUGAAAUAAUGAAAUAUUUUUUUACUUUUUUAAAAAUUUGAUUAAUUAAUUGAGAUAUAUUGUUAAUUGUUUUUUAUCAUUAGGUGAAAUGAAUAAUUACAUGUCACAGAUGUCAAUAUAAAAUUAAAUUAUUUAUAAUUUGAAAAAAAAACUUCAUCUGUAUAACAACUUUUUCUAUUUUCCUGAUAUUUAAAAUUAACUAUCUAAAGUUUUAUAAUGUCUUAUAGAAUAAACUUCGGUAUGCUUUAUAUUAUUUUUAUAAAUUUUAUAAAUUUAUUUAAUUUUUAUUGAUGUUAUAUGAAUCUAUUAUUAUUUUUAAAUUUGAUAAAUAUUAUUUUAAUAUUAAUUUCAAAAAAUAAAAAAUUUAUAGAAUUAUAAUAAUUAAAUAAAAAAAUUAUGAGAUUUUAAAUGAUCUAUGUUUGUAUAAGUAUGUGUGAUUGGAUAUUAGAGACCAGAGAUAAAAGGGCGAGUCAGUUGCUUACGAGAUCUCUUGAGAGUGUAAUAAAAAUAGUUUCGUUAAUUUAGAAAAUAAUAAUUUAGUGGUUCACUAAAGAAUUUUUGUGUACUGGAAAGAUGAAAUACGUGAGUUUCGGAAUAUGUGGAUUAUUCGUUAUAAUACUUAUAGUUGGUCUAAGUUUAGCAUUGAUCAUUGAUGACUAUAAUGGAAGCGAUGCUCUUAAUAAUGUACCACUUAUUGAUGGUCACAACGAUUUACCUUACAAUUUAUAUAGAUUGUUAGGCAACAACUUAGAUCAAUUCGAUUUUACCAAGAAUUUAUCCGACGACAAAUUAUGGGGUAAACAUGUAUGUGUUUCGUGCACCACAGAUUUGCCCCGGCUAAAAAAAGGAAAAGUGGGUGCACAAUUCUGGGCCGCAUAUGUUGAUUGCUCCUCGCAAUAUAAAGAUGCAGUUUCAUUAACUUUGAGACAAAUCGAUGUUAUUAAAAGAUUAAUUCGUAAAUAUCCGAAUGAUUUGCAAUUCGUAACGAAAGCUGAAGAUAUCACAGAUGCGUGGAAUAACAAAAAAAUUGCCUCUAUGAUCGGCGUUGAAGGUGGCCAUUCCAUUGAUUCCAGUUUAGCAGUGCUCCGACUCUAUUACGAUCUUGGUGUGCGAUAUAUGACACUAACGCAUAUGUGUAACACUCCGUGGGCCGACGCAUCAACAGUGACAACUGGUGGUAUCAACAAUCUUACAGAUUUCGGAAGAGCUGUGGUCUAUGAAAUGAACCGAUUAGGAAUGUUAGUCGAUUUAUCACAUGUAUCUCACAAUGUUAUGAGAGAAGUGCUUGCAAUAUCGAAAGCACCUAUUAUUUUUUCUCAUUCAUCCGUCUUUACCCUUUGUCGCAAUAAUCGUAAUGUUCCUGAUGAUGUUCUGCACACAGUUAAAAGAAAUAAUGGUAUCGUAAUGGUAAACUUUUACUCGGAAUUUGUAAAUUGUAAUACCUCGAGAAAGGCAACUAUGCGAGAUGUUAUAGACCAUAUCAAUUAUAUUCGCAAUCUUAUCGGACCGAAUCAUAUUGGUAUUGGUGCAGACUACGAUGGAGUAAAUACAAUGCCAGAAGGUUUGGAAGACGUUUCUAAAUAUUCAGAAUUAUUUGAUCGCAUCUACGAUAGUGGUCCAAAUUGGACCAAAGAUGAAAUGGAGAAAUUAGCUGGAAAGAAUUUAAUCCGUGUAUUAAAAGCAGCGGAAAAAGUAAGAGACAAAAUGGCAGAAUCAGGACAUGUACGACAAGAUAUUUUAGCGCCAAAAGAAAUUUAUCAAGCUCAAAUAGUGGAUCAUCUUCAAUCAAAUAUAUGUUACACCUCAAAAGAAUGGAGUGAUUUUAAACCGAAUAAUUUAAAUCAAACAGUUUGAAUUAAAUUGCAACAAUAAGAAAAAUCUAUUUAAAACAAAAAACAUAGCAUCUUGCGAGUAAAUAUACAAUUAAAUUAUAAGCAAUAAAAUACCAAAAA